AUAAAACAUCGUGCUUCAUAGUCUAAUCCAGCUAGUCUCUUUACAGUGGCGUUAAAAAAUAUUGUUUGAAAUUAUUAAAAAUGAAAUUCGCAACAGUGAUCUUUGUGCUCUGCGCUUUGUUUGGCCUUUCCUUGGGUCUUAAAGAUGCGGUCUGUGGUCAUCCUCCUGCUAUCGAUGGUAAUGGACUGGUGAAGUGCCUCGCCUCCAGGACCAGUUUCAGCUAUUAUCCUGCCGAGAAUGCAUGCAAGAGCUUCAUGUAUGGAGGAUGCGGUGGCAAUGAAAAUCGCUUUGACUCUGAGCACGAAUGCUUGGCCAAGUGCAAGGAAUAAAUUGUAAUUGUACUCCUUUUUGAUCACAAUAAAUUGACCAAUAACUUGAACUGUGUCAUGUUAAA